CGUACAUGUUUACAAGUGUCGUUUCCCGCGGUACAAUAAAACAGCUGGAUAAAUAGAACAGAAGGCUUCACAUGGCGCUUUCCUGAGUCCUAAAGAUGAUUAAGACCGAGAAGAUUCUGCAUUUGAAGAGCUGCCGGGGCCGGAAGGUCCGUGUGGUCCGGGAACAUUAUCUGAGAGAGCAGGUUCCCUGCUACAGCUCUCUGUGUCAGGCGGACUGCGUGAACGAUGGCAAGCUGCUGCCAGGAGAUCUGACCCACUAUGUGGUGCCUGAUGUCGGAGUGGUGGUCGACUAUCUGGAGAUCUUGGAGUUCAGAGAGCUGCAGGGCAUCGUCUUCACCCAGACCGCCUGCCAGGCUGUGCAGCACAGCAAAGGACGCAGGCAGUACAACCGUCUGCGAAACCUGCUCAAAGACCCUCGACAUGACUGUGUGCUGUUUGCCAAUGAGUUUCAAGAGUAUUCCUACUGUCCGCGAGAGAAGGGGGAGAGCCAGGAGAAGUGGCAGACCAGGUGUGUGUAUUCUGCAGCAGUAUGGUACCACAACCACCUGGCAGGUAUGAUGGAUGUCGUGAUGAUCACAGAGGACCAGGACGCCGUAGCUCAGUACAGCAGCCUCAACUCUGGAGUGUACGUCAUCUCCGUCCAGGAUUUUUUGCAGAACUUCUGGCCGGAGCUGCAGGCAGCUCACGAUCUGUACGGCUCCAUUUCCCAGGCGCUGCAAGAGAAAGAGAGCGAGGGCUCACAGAGAGAGUUCGCCGAGCAUCUGCCCGCUGAGGUCCUGGAGGCCGGAAUCAAGUCUGGACGUUACAUUAAGGGAACUCUGAAUAUCAACAAGCACCACAAUGAAGCUUUCAUCAGGACGGAGGGUUUGUCCAACAAGAACACAGAUCUGAGCUGGGGCGUGCUGGUGUCCGGCAAUAAGAAUCGAAACAGAGCCGUGCACGGCGACGCGGUCGUGGUGGAGCUGUUGCCGAAGAGCGAGUGGAGAGGGAAGGUCACGGCUCUGGCCGAGGGCCAGGGGGAGGAGAAGGGCGGAGAGGAAAACGAGAGCAAACCUAUGCCGACAGGCCGUGUUGUGGGGAUCCUGCAGAGGAAUUGGAGGGACUAUGUGGUCACUUUCCCCCCCAGAGACGGGACUCAAGCCCAGAGCAGGAACUCCCAGCGCAUCCUGGCCGUGCCCUGGGACCGUCGCAUCCCCAAGAUCCGCAUCAGUACUCAGCAGGCCGAUGCUCUGCAGGACCACAGAGUGGUGGUGCGCAUCGAUUCUUGGGAAAGCACGUCGCUCUAUCCUAACGGCCACAGCGUGCGGGUGCUGGGUCGGGCUGGAGAGCUGGAGACGGAGGUCCAGACCAUCCUCAUAGAGAACUGCAUCCACGUGUCCCCCUUCUCAGAUGCACAGCUGAGAGAGAUGCCGGUCAACUCCCCCGAGAAGCCUUGGCGGAUGGAUCCCGCCCAGGUGGCGGAGCGGCGGGACCUCAGGGAGACUCACCUGGUGUUCAGCAUCGACCCGCGAGGCUGCGAGGACGUGGACGACGCGCUGUCGUUGCGCGGCCUCGCCGGCGGGGCGCUGCUGGAGCUCGGGGUCCACAUCGCCGACGUCACCCACUUUGUCACAGAGGGCUCGCUCACUGACUUGGAAGCACGUUCGAGGGCUACGACCUACUACCUGGCGGACCGCAGGUACGACAUGUUACCUGCUGUUCUCAGCGCAGACCUCUGCUCCCUGCUGGGAGGAGUCGACAGGUAUGCCAUGAGCGUGCUGUGGGAGCUCGAUGCGCACUCCCUCGCCGUCAACAAGGUGUGGUACGGUCGCACACUCAUCCGCUCCUCCUACCAGCUCCACUAUGAGCUGGCCCAGGCGCUCCUCAACGGAGAGCGGGCCGAGGUGCCCGAGCUGGCCCGGCUCGGGUCCGAGGAGAAGGACGCGAAGCUGGCUCAGCUCACCCGGGCUCUGGAGAUGCUGACACAUGUGGCCAGACACCUCCGGGCACAGAGGGACAGAGGAGGGGCGCUGGAGCUGGAAGGGGUGGAGGUGCGUGCCCAGCUGGACGAGGAGAGGAACAUCACGGCUCUGGUCCCCCGGCAGCCUCUGGAGGUCCACGAGACUGUGGCCGAGUGCAUGAUUUAUGCCAACUACUGGGUGGCGCGCAAGAUCCAGGAGACCUUCCCUCAUCAGGCCCUGCUGAGGCGUCACCCGCCACCCCGGCAGGAGUUCUUCAGCCAGCUGGUGGACGUCGCCUCGGCGAGGGGAUUCACCGUGGAUACCAGGACCAACAAGGCUCUGGCGGAGUCUCUGGAUCAGGCUGUGGACCCUCAGGACCCGCUGGUGAACAGGCUGCUGAGAAUGAUGGCCACCACAGCCAUGUCACAGGCGCUGUACUUCUCCACUGGUCUGGAGUCCCAAGACCAGUACUACCAUUACGGUCUGGCUCUGGAUCGUUACACACACUUUACCUCACCCAUCCGUCGCUAUGCCGACAUCGUGGUCCACCGCCUUCUCACCGCAGCCAUCGACAUGGACAGGGGGGCGGGCCCCGGUAGAGCGUUAGCCAAUAACAAAGAACUGGAAGAAAUGGCUCAACAUAUAAACAACAAGAACAGGGCAGCCCAGCAGGCCCAGAAGUUGUCCACACUUCUGUUCCAGUGUCUCUACUUCAAAGAGCGAGACCCGCAGACGGACCAGCGCUGCGUGGCAGACGCCGUCGUCUACUCCAUCCGAAACAACGGCAUGUUGGUGUUUGUCCCAGAGUACGGCGUGAAAGGGCCGGUGUACCUGAAGAAUCGCGAGGGCCAGGUGGUGUCUGCAGGCCAGGACGGCAGCUGUGAGUGGCAGAGCGGCGCUAUACGACAAUAUUCAGACCACAUCACCACCACCUCCAGCUGCGGCACCUCCACCUUCAGACUGUUCGACCACAUCACUGUGCGUCUCUCCGUCCACUCGACACCUUGCCACGCAGACAGUCUAAACCUCGAGGUCAUCAGCAACAAGCCCCACCGCAGCGCAGAGCCCCAGCAGGCCCACUCCCAGGGCCGCAGCCAGCUGGUCCAGGAGGUGGUGCGCCUGGCCGAGGAGGCGUACCAGCAGGCCCAGGAGAAGGCGGCCCGGAGGCCCAAACUCUCCAAGGAGGAGAGAGAGUUCAGCCAGAGUAAAACUCCCAAUCUGUACUCUCUCCUGGAGGAGGUCAGAGAGCUGGCUCUCAUGGACCUGGACGGGGCUGCACGGGUCUGUGCGACGACCGCGUAGAGCAGCUGCGACGUGGAAUCAGCUGUUCGUGAAGCGAAAAGCCUGAUUUGUGUUUUUAAAUAUCAUCGACGAGUGCAGCAAACAUGCAGGAAGAAAUAAGCUGAAUCUGCAUCAGAGCAGCAACCAGAAGCUGCUUCACAACAAAUCAGCAGUGUUCGUUUCAUCAGCUGUUUUUCAAUCAGGACAUUCAUAGUUAUUUAUUAUCUGAUAACCUAAAGGAAAAAGGUGUACAUGAGAUGCUUGAAACUGAAUGAGAGGAGAAAUAUUUUCCUCCUGUUGGUCCAAAGAGAAGCAAACACACUCUGGUCCGUGCAAACAGAGAAGAACUGUAGGUGAAACUGAUAAUUAAUUAUUGUUCAUGUUAUGAGUCAGUGUUUGGUGAAGACGUUACAGACCGACACAUAAAAGGACAUUUUAACUAAAUAAGUAGCUGCUGAUACAAAUAAGCAGAAUAGAAAUAAUGAUAAACUGAUUUAUGUACAUUCAAACCUAUUGAUAACACAGUACUUCACUGUGUAUCAGUGUACAGCAAGUAGAGCCUCAUACCAGCAUCAAUACUUCAGUUAGAUAAUCCAACAAUAAUAAAUCAUUUAUUAUUAUUAUUACAAAUAUAUCAAACAUGGUCUCAAUUCUAUACUAAUAAUAGAAAGUAUACAGUAUGAAUGUAAUAUAAAAUUAUUUCACUUCACCAAAAGUUCAUCAAACUCUGACUUUCUGAAAACUGCUGCCAAUUUCAAACAGAUUUAUGAAUUUAGAAACAAAGCAGAUGUUUCUCCAGUUGACCGAUUAGUGUCCGACCAAACACUCCAACCCGACUGUAAUUUUCUCAUUUUUCUUCCACAUCAAUUGAGUCGGUGCUUCAAUAAUGACUGACUUGUAAUUAGCGUUGACACUAAUUGACUCGUACAUUAGCUGAAGUGUUUUCACAGAAUCUAUUUUUGUAACAUGGUUGAUAAUUUGACUUUGUGGUUUGUAAUUAAAACGUUUCUGGAUGAAUCA